CUCUGCUCAUUCACAUGUCUGUAUACGAGGUCCACCGUGUAAUCCUCUUAAACCCGAGCGCACAGGCGGAACAGAGGCGGAGCGAGCCUGAUCAACACUUUCUCCUCUCUCCACUCACUCUGAGGACACUUCACUGACACAGCAGGACUACAACUCCUCUCCAUGGGCCGCUCGUAUGGCAUCCACGCCUCUGGCCCCGCUAUUCGCUCCGGUGGUGGCCAGUGUCCGUAGGGGAAGAAGCGAAGCGCGGGCCGGAUGUCAUGAUUUACACCGCGAGGAGCAGCGUUCAGGCGGCGUUGGUUGUUCUGUCCGUCGCCCACCUCACCGCAGCUCUGAAGUGCGUGUGCCAGCUCUGCGCCAACCACACCUGUGAGACUUCAGCAGAUGGAGCAUGUUGGAACUCGGUCAUGUUGAUCGGGGGGAAGGAGAAGGUGGAUCAGACGUGUCUGACGCCUGCUGAGAUGAGGGGCCAGCUCUUCUGCUACGGCUCCUGGAAUGUGUCCAAAAGGAACUGCUGCUUUACCGACUUCUGCAACAAUCACACACUGCAUCUACACACAGAGCGCCCGUCAGAGGAGCGGGGCUGGAGCAGACUGCAGUGGGCGAUCUUGGUCCUGGUUCUCUCCUGUCUGCUCUGUGUGGCCGUGCUGCUGGCUGUGUGUGUGGUACAGGGACAUAGGUGUGCCUACAGCCGGGCCCACAAACAGGACCCCGAGGAGCCGCUGGAUGACCAGGUUCUCAUGUCCCCGGACAAGUGUCUCCGAGAGCUCAUCUACGACAUGAGCACGUCCGGGUCUGGAUCAGGCCUCCCGCUGCUGGUGCAGAGAACCAUCGCACGCACCAUCGUCCUGCAGGAGAGCAUCGGGAAGGGCCGCUUUGGGGAGGUGUGGAGGGGGAAGUGGAGGGGCGAGGACGUGGCUGUGAAGAUCUUCUCCUCCAGGGACGAGGGCUCCUGGUUCAGAGAGGCUGAGAUCUACCAGACUGUGAUGCUUCGCCAUGAUAACAUCCUGGGGUUCAUCGCAGCCGACAACAAAGAUAACGGCUCGUGGACUCAGCUGUGGCUCGUGUCAGAAUACCAUGAGCACGGCUCCCUGUUCGACUACCUGAGCAGGUUCACUGUGUCUGUGGAGGGCACCAUCCUACUGGCCCUGUCCAUCGCUAGCGGCCUGGCACAUCUACACAUGGAAAUAAUUGGCACACAGGGAAAACCUGCCAUUGCUCACAGAGACCUUAAGUCUAAAAACGUCCUAGUGAAGAAGAACGGCACGGCAGUCAUCGCAGACCUGGGUUUGGCUGUGAAACACGACUCGACGAGAAAUUCCAUCGACAUACCAACCAACCACCGGGUCGGAACUAAAAGGUACAUGGCCCCCGAAGUCUUGGAUGAGACGAUCAAUACGACAAACUUUGAGUCAUUUAAACGCGCAGACAUCUACUCACUGGGAUUGGUGUUCUGGGAGCUCGCCCGAAGAUGUUCCGCCAGAGGAUUCCAUGAGGAUUUCCAGUUGCCUUACUACGACAUGGUGCCUUCAGAUCCUUCCAUCGAGGACAUGAGGAAAGUGGUGUGUGAGCAGAAAUACAGACCCAAUAUCCCCAACCAGUGGCAGAGCUGUGAGGUGCUGCGGGUGAUGGGCAAACUGAUGAGAGAAUGCUGGUACGCCAACCCCGCCGCCCGCCUCACCGCUCUGAGGGUCAAGAAGACUGUGUCCCAGCUGUCCAUCAGUAACGACGUCAAGCUCUAGCGUGACUGUGUGGACAACACAACACUGCCCUCUCAUGGACGAGGAGAGCACUGACAGAGGACUGCUAAUGUGAUAGGAAGAGCCAUAAGAGUGUCAAGUUUAUUAUUAUAUAUAUAUAUACAAAGGACUACCUCGUGUAUUUAAGUGCCCAAAGCUUGAAGUUGCACCAUGUCACCUUUCUGUGCCAUAUGCAGCGUACAUAGGAAGAAAAAAUAAAUAAAAAUGUUGAAAUCAGAAAAGUUUGAUAUAGGAAAAAUGUCCUGGCUACAUUUCAGUAUAUACUUUUUUUGAUACAUGUAGUUAACCUUUCGCUGCACAUAUUUCAGAUAUUUGUAUCCACUGAAGGGGAUGUUUCUAACUUUUUUGGUGGGUUUCUUCCAUCUGCUUGUCUCCAUGGAGAUGUUAUUGUCUUGUCUAGAUUGCUCCAUAGUAUGGCAUCAAACUUGAUCAAGCAUAUACUUUGAAAAGCAAGCAUUCUUACAGUGAGCGGGCUUGCUUCUCCACAGUUAUUACCUGUAACUUGACCUAGUAUACCUUGAAAAGCAUGCAUUCUUACAGUGAGCGGGCUUGCCUCUCCACAGUUCUUACAUGUAACUUGACCUAGUAUACCUUGGGCUUGCCUCUCCACAGUUCUUACAUGUAGCUUGACCUAGUAUACCUUGAAAAGCAUGCAUUCUUACAGCGAGCGGACUUGCCUCUCCACAGUUCUUACCUGUAACUUGACCUAGUGGUGUGGUAUGAGAGAAAUAGCCUCUCAAUGGAGACAAGCAGGUGGUAAAUUCUCCACAUGAAAAGUUACACAGUGCACCUUUAACAAACGUAUGCGGCAAAAACGAUGGAUGGAAACUGUUGACCCGUUUGCUCGUAGCCAACAAUCGAAUCAUAUUUAGAGCUUUUGCCCAACAGCCACCGUAUGAAUUCACUUAGAUAAAAAAAAAAAAAAGAGAAAAGAACAUAUUACAAUAUUAAGAUUAGCAUGUAUGUGUAGCCAGGUUGCGCUCUAACGUAGUAGCUGCCUUAACAUAACGUGUCUGUUAAUACAAACCACAACAUUUACUGACAUGUUUUUGCUUAUAUUUAAUUUCUAUCAUCUGGGUUUCUUGUUUGAGUGCACAUUUGGAAGCCACAUUAUGUAAAUUUAUAAAUGAAGGGAUAAAAGUUUGAAAACCCAUGUUCCUGUAUUCAUUGUCACCUUUUCAGCUGGCUUACUUCUCCAAUGUAGUUCUGAGUAUACGAUACAGCAGUGUUGCCUGAUAUACAAACCUCUGUUGUUAUUUGUGCCGUGUCUACACUGUACAUAAAUGACUGUUAGCUUUACUGAAACAGACAGUGUUAUUGUACAUUUAAUUAUAUGACUUAACGAGCUAUUUAUAUACUGUGUUGCCAUGUCCGUUUCUGUGAGAAUCAGAGAGGUAGCACUGAAAAAAAUAAGUAUAAGAAAAAGCUGCAAGCAUUCCAAAGAUGGGCCCUUCUUUCUAUGUGCAAUUUCUCACCGGUGUCUAUUUUUAUACAGAAUUUUAGUUUGUAUUUGUAAAAUGAUUGUUUUGCUGCUUUGGAAAGGUGAUUUAUUGACCUGUGAAAUGUCUAGAUUCUAUUUUUGAACUCUACCACUCAGAUGUGAAUGUCAUAACAUGUCAUUACUACAUGCACUAUUUAUUCUGUACAGAGAUACGUACAUAUAUGAUACUGGUAAAUCA